AUGGACGCUCGCUUGAUUGACAAAUGUUCCGACCGAGACUUGCACAAUAUCUUUACUCUCUUGCUCAACGGCUCGCAUAGCCACAGCAACCUCCUCCAGCCUGGCGACGACGUCCAGCACACCAGCAUUAACCUGCUGAAAAUAUUGGUCAUUGGCUUCGCGACGCUUUCUGGCCAGAAGAAUAUCGGCCUCGGUCUCUUCUUCCAGCUUGGCACCGAGUCGUUCAACCUCUUCCCCCCUGCUCAUCGGCCUGGCACUAUUGGACUGCACUGUACUCUUUGCAGCAUCCGUGCCCUCGCCCGCGGAUUUUGA